AUGUCUGCGCCCAUCUUUGCAGAAGAGGCCACUCAGGAGCGCGCGGAGAAUGCGCGCCUUUCCUCGUUUGUAGGUGCACUUGCUCUCGGAGAUUUGGUCAAAAGCACGCUUGGCCCGAAAGGGAUGAACAAGGUGCUUCAGUCGAUCGGCUCGAACGAAAUCACCGUGACCAACGACGGCGCGACGAUCUUAAAGUCCAUCUAUUUGGACAACCCUGCCGCCAAGAUCUUGGUCAACAUUAGCAAGGUCCAGGACGAUGAGGUGGGUGACGGGACUACGAGUGUGUGUGUGCUGGCAGCCGAACUCUUGCGCGAGGCCGAGCGUAUGAUCGAAACGCGCAUGCACCCCCAAGUCAUCGUUGACGGCUACCGCAUUGCAAGCAAAACCGCACUGCGCGCACUAGAAGGAGUUGCGGUAGACCACAGCAAGGAUACCUCCCUUUUUCGCCAGGAUCUGCUGAACAUUGCGCGCACUACACUCUCUAGCAAAGUUUUGUCGCAGGCCAAGGAUUACUUUGCGAACCUCGCCGUGGAUGCAAUCUUGCGCCUCAAAGGCUCGACCAAUUUGGAGAAUAUCCAGAUCAUCAAAAAACUUGGCGGCAAGCUUACCGACAGUUAUUUGAGCGAGGGUUUCAUUCUCGAUAAGCGCAUCAUGCCGAACGCGCCAAAAGAGCUGAAGGAUGCCAAGAUCAUGAUUGCAAAUACCUCGAUGGACACAGACAAGAUUAAAAUCUUUGGCGCGCGCGUGCGUGUAGAUAGCACAGGACAGCUCGCCGAGAUUGAGCGUGCAGAGCGCGAGAAAAUGAAGGCCAAGGUCGACCGGAUCAAGGCGCAUGGGAUCAACUGUUUCGUCAACCGGCAGCUCAUUUACAACUACCCAGAAGGCCUCCUCUCCGAUGCUGGCAUCACGUGUAUCGAGCACGCUGACUUCGAGGGAGUGGAGCGCUUGUCGCUCGUCACUGGCGCCGAAAUCGCAAGCACUUUUGACCACCCCGAGUCGAUCAAACUCGGCCGCUGCGGCAAGAUUGAAGAGAUUAUGAUUGGUGAGGACAAGCUGAUCAAAUUUUCCAACGUUGCUGCGGGCGAGGCGUGCACGGUUGUGCUGCGCGGCGCGACCUCGCAAAUGAUUGACGAGGCAGAGCGCUCUCUGCACGACGCACUCAGCGUCCUGAGCCAAACCGUGAAGGAAUCGCGCAUUACCUACGGCGGAGGCUGUGCCGAAAUGGUCAUGAGCAACGCUGUGGACGAAGAGGCGAUCAGGACGCCCGGAAAAAAGUCGCUUGCCGUCGAAGCGUUUGCCCAGGCGCUGCGCCAGCUCCCGACCAUCCUCGCCGACAAUGCCGGCCUGGACUCGGCCGACUUGGUUACCAAGCUCCGCGCGGCGCACCACGACGGCGGCUGCGAGAUGGGCCUGGACUUGGACAAAGGCGAUAUCGCCAAUAUGGCCGAGUCGGGCGUCACGGAAAGCUACAAGCUCAAGCGGCAGAUUGUUGUUUCUGCAAGCGAAGCUGCAGAAAUGAUUUUGCGUGUAGAUGAUAUCCUACGUGCGACACCCCGCAGGCGCGAUGCGCAUUAA